AUGGCGCCCCAGCGCCACCACCUCCUCCCCGUGGCCAUGGCCACGGCGUGCUUCCUCGCCCUCCUCGUGCUGUGCGCCUCGCCGGCCCACGGCGCGCGCGCCCUGGCGCCGGGCGGCGCGGGCGCGGUCACCAAGGCGCAGGCGGGCGGCAACAGCACCAACAACAACGCGACGGCGGACGAGUACCUGGCGCCGCACAACCGGGCUCGCGCGGCGGUCGGCGUGGCCCCGCUGCGGUGGAGCACGGACCUGGCGGCCGCGGCGGGGAAGACCGUGGCCCAGCAGCAGCGGCAGAGCGGGUGCGCGUUCGCGGACAUGGGCGCCAGCCCCUACGGCGCGAACCAGGGGUGGGCGAGUUACCCCGCGCGCCCGGCCGAGGUGGUGGCGUUGUGGGUAGCGCAGGGGAGGUUCUACAGCCACGCCAACAACACGUGCGCGGCGGGGCAGCAGUGCGGGACGUACACGCAGGUGGUGUGGCGGCGCACCGCCGAGGUCGGGUGCGCGCAGGCCAGCUGCGUCACCGGCGCCACGCUCACGCUGUGCCUGUACAACCCGCACGGCAACGUGCAGGGCCAGAGCCCCUACUAGCUAAGUCUUUGCCGAUCAGGUUCGUGUUCCUUCUGUUGAACUGCCGGCGCCGGCGCCGGCGCCGGAGUUGGAGCACGAUGCAUGGCUAUCGUAAGAGACGUACGGCGUAGCUUUAGUCUUUUCUGGUUCGGUCACGGUUGCUUUGUGUUAUGAUCCGGUAGUGUUCAGAACUGCUUUGGUGUGUCGUGUUAACAUGUGUU